AUGUCCUUCGUAGAAGAUUGGCCCUACUACGCUUCCUUUAUCGAGUACAACCAGACGGAGUUUCUACCUAGCUCCACGAAGAAGCGGUUCCUGUUGGUGCCAGACAGUCUCCUCAUGUCCCCCCUCAAGGCGUACGCGUCCAUGAGCAGUAUGGUGGGGACGAUGCUCACAUCGGGGAUUGCCGCCUCGACCAGCAUCUGGGAUUGGUGGAAAAAGUUCUUUAACGGUUUCGGAGGCAUCGGAGGGUCCCUCCCAAGCCUGAGUGGGUCAGGGGCGUCACACAGCAUGGACAGCACCGCCUACGCCUACAUCCCCUCUGGCUGUUACGACAGCACCGUUGUCUGCAAGCUUCAUGUUGUCUUCCAUGGAUGCAAAAUGCAAAGGGAGACAAUCGGUGAUGUGUUCGCAAAGCAUGCCGGGUACAACGAAGUGGCGGAGCUCAACAACAUCAUCAUCUUGUACCCCCAGAUAAAGUCGGACAGCAUCUCCAACCCCAACGGCUGCUGGGACUGGUGGGCGUACACUGGAGCAAACUACGACACGAGGGACGGCGUGCAGAUGAAGGCCGUGAAGAACAUGAUUGACAGGGUGACAGGUGACAACCAGUGAGUGGUGUACCUAGCAGCCUGAAAUAGACAUGGUAUUCCUCGUGGCUCAUGUCUAUUCUGUUCCUGGAUUUUUGUCGUGUAAAUAAACUAAGAUUGUA